UCUUAUGCGCUUAAUAUAUAAGUUUAAAUCUAUGGAUUCAAUAUGAACAUAAUAAAUAUGUCACAGACUUCUCGACUAAACAUUUAUGAUAUACUGUAUCGCAUUAACAUCGUAGAAUAGUAAUGAAAUGUCUUUCAUUAAAGAAAAUAUUGUAUGCUUGAGUAAAGCGUGGUACAAAAAGAAACAGAUGAUACUCAUAUGACAGCUUUGAAGAAAAAAGUUGGAUAAUUUAUUAUUAAAUCUCUUUAGUCAGUUUUAUACUGUUUCUUGUUCUAAUCGCGUUUUGAGAAAUUCAAGCAGAGAUGCCAGAUAAGAUUAUUUUGGAAGAAGCAUCGUACCAUCAUAUCAAAGACUGUUUGAAGGAUGUACUUUUUGAAACAUGGAGCAACAUGAACAUGAUACAAAAAUUAAGCCAAAAUUUCUACUUUAAUAAAGAAGAAACAACAAAAUCAACACUUAAGCAACAAUUAUCAGAUUUCUGGGAUCAGAAUAGAACAGCCAGUAUGAGUUCUAAACGCGUCAAACAACGAGCUGAAAAACUGCUUUUAUCUUUAACUCAUGUAGUAGAUUCACGACCGGUUAGCAUAUUAAUCAAGAAAAACUUAUCAGAGCAAGAAAAAUUGCACUUUAAAGCCAGUUUCAAGUUACAAGCUGAAAAAGAAGCAAAUCAAGAGCAAGAAGAAGUUGCAACGCAGGGAGAAGUUGUAGCGCAAGAAGAAGAAGUUGCAGUUCAAACAGAUAGUGAAUCAGUUUCUCACCCUUCCAAAAGAAGAAAAAGAUUGGACCUAAAGAAAGUAAAGAAGCUUGAUCUUGGAGGAAAAGUGGAAACGAUUGUUAAGUAUUACUUUAAUGAUAAACAGAUACUGGAUUUGUCAAAAGCAAGAACAAUACCCUCAAGAUGUAAAGAUAUAAUUGACUCGAUUUUGAUUGAUUCGGGAUUGCAGUUACAUCAUAAAUUGACUAUAUCUGAGUAUAAUAUCUUAAUAAAAAUAUCCAAAUGUACCAAUAAAUCCAGCCUUAAUACCGCUGUCAAUGAAAUUGAUCUUUUCAGUUCUCAAGUUGAAUUAUCGUUUAUAAAGUUGGCGGUUAUGAAAUUAUGUUUAUUGUAUCAUGGAGAACUACUUGAAGGAGAACACAAUGAAAAUUGGUACCGUGUAAACGUUUAUGGUGAUACUUUUGACCUGCUUUUUAACUCAAAACAUGGAUAUAAAACAAAAAGAUCCGAAUGCCAUUCUCAAACUAUUAAGGCAUUGAAAGCGAAUGGUUUAGUAGAUGUAAAUGAAAAGGAUAUUCGUUUGGACUUCAUAUUUACGAACUCAACUGGGAUUCAAGAUGUGUUUUUCUGUGAGGACAAGCCUACUAUCAAAAUAUCGAACAAAGACAAAGAUAAAGCUGACUAUUUAAGAGAAAGCGCACUCCGCCAUUGGUCUAGUCUUCUUCCUUACAAAGAAUGCACCCAGCAUUUAUGCGCUUUGUCAUGCCAUUUCAACAAGCUAAAUCUGCGAAUAAUGGGUACUAAGCUUGUAAACGGAAUUAUAAUCCAUGCUUGUCUUAAAGAAAUAAAUAUCCCUCUAUCAGAUAACAAUGGUGCUGGGAUCGCUGAGUAUUUGGCUGCUGUCAUUUCUUUGGUUAGAAUGGUUACUUGGAACUUUGAAGCUAUUCAACUAAUGAUACAGACUGCACAGCAAGACAAUAUGAUAUUUUUAGCGAAGCCAGCUACAUCAGAGAUCUGCUACAGAGAGGAUUCCCCUGCAUCGGAAGGUAGCAACAUCACCAACACAGACUCAACUUCUUCCUCUGUAGAACUGGAUUGGGAAGGAGAAGAAAGAAAGUUGAGAAUAAUGGAAAAGAUUGAGAGCAACCUUGCAGAGCUUUCCAAAAAGGCUAAUGAACAGUAUGUGCUGUUUUCUUGGGAAAAUAUUGUUUUUGGUGAUAAGCAGCCCGAAUAGGGUUAUGGUUUUCUUUUUUCAUUUAUCAGGUUAUUUAACUUCAAGAAGAUUAAAUGAAUUUCAAAGUUCUGUUUUUAUUGAAUAAAAUAAUAUUAUGUGUUUAUAAAAAAAAA